UGGCGGGAGGGAGCUUUCUUCUGGUGCUGGUUCCUCGACUAGGGGCCUCUCCGGGGAAGUAAAAUCCGGUAGCAGCCACCGAGGAGCCGCGCGCAGGGUCUGAGCUGAGAGCAUCCGCCGAGUGCGGGCGGCGCAAGCUGGUGAGACGCGGACAAGGGUACGAGGCUGAAAAGCAACCCACCUCUACUCGCCAAUAUAGUGUCAGAAUGUCAAGUACCGCCGUGUCCUACUGGAUCUUCAAUUCUGCAAGGAAUCGAAUUGCUAUAUUACAAGGGGGUAGACGCUUAUACUCAAGGGGUGCGGUGAAUAGGAAUCAGUUGAAAUGGAAGCUUUUUUCUCCGGCAUCGUCGACUCUAAAGAACAGUACUCUGUGUGGUGGCUUUGCUCUGCAGAGAGCCUACCGACACACGUCAACCGAGGAAGAAGAUUUCCACUUACAGCUUAGCCCUGAACAGGUCAAUGACAUGCUUCGAGCUGGUGAGUCAUCUCACAAGGUUCUUGAUUUCAACAAUGGCAUUCCAAAUUCAGUGUUAAGGUUUGAGAGUAACCAGCUGGCUGCCAAUUCCCCAGUGGAGGACCGGCAAGGUGUAGCUUCCUGCAUGCAAACCAACGGACUGAUGUUUGGUAUUUUUGAUGGACAUGGUGGCCAUGCCUGUGCACAAGCGGUGAGUGAGAGGCUCUUCUACUACAUGGCGGUGUCCCUGAUGUCCUACCAGACCUUGGAGCAGAUGGAGGAAGCAAUGGAAAACAUGAAGCCUUUGCUGCCCAUCCUUCAGUGGCUCAAACAUCCUGGGGAUAGUAUUUAUAAGGAUGUCACAUCGGUACAUCUGGACCACCUCCGAGUCUAUUGGCAGGAACUCCUUGACCUGCAUAUGGAAAUGGGCUUGAGCAUUGAAGAAGCGUUGAUGUACUCCUUCCAGAGACUGGAUUCUGACAUCUCAUUAGAAAUUCAGGCUCCUCUGGAAGAUGAGGUGACAAAGAACUUGUCCCUCCAGGUUGCUUUUUCUGGGGCAACAGCUUGCAUGGCCCAUGUCAAUGGAGUUCACCUGCAUGUAGCAAAUGCUGGUGACUGCCGGGCUAUCCUUGGUGUCCAGGAAGACAAUGGUGUGUGGUCCUGUUUGCCUCUUACCUGUGACCACAAUGCUUGGAAUGAGGCUGAGCUGUCCCGCCUUAAGAGAGAACACCCUGAGUCUGAGGGCAGGACACUCAUCAUAGAUGAUAGACUGCUGGGUGUCCUCAUACCCUGCAGGGCCUUUGGGGAUGUCCAGUUAAAAUGGAGUAAAGAGUUGCAGCGUAGUGUCCUAGAGAGGGGCUUUGACACUGAAGCCCUCAACAUCUAUCAGUUCACACCACCCCACUACUAUACUCCACCCUAUCUGACUGCCAAGCCUGAGAUUACAUACCACAGGCUGAGGCCCCAAGAUAAGUUUCUUGUGCUGGCCUCAGAUGGUCUGUGGGACAUGCUGGGCAAUGAGGAUGUGGUCAGGCUGGUCGUGGGGCACCUAUCUAAGGUUGGUUGCCACAAGCCAGACCUGGACCAAAGACCAGCCAACUUGGGACUCAUGCAGAGUCUGCUGCUUCAGAGGAAAGCCAGUGGACUCCAUGCAGCUGACCAAAAUGUAGCUACGCAUCUGAUCAGACAUGCCAUCGGGAGCAAUGAGUAUGGGGAGAUGGAGCCGGAACGACUGGCUGCCAUGCUGACAUUACCAGAAGAUGUAGCCAGGAUGUACCGGGAUGAUAUCACUGUCAUGGUGGUGUUUUUUAACUCAGAUUCAAUUGAUUCAUAUUAUAAGGAGGGUUAAGAGUCUCACCCUGUUGCCAAGGCUAACACGAAUACCCUUUAAAACAUUUUCACUUAACUCCUAAGUGAGCAAUUCAAGCCUUAUUAAAGAAUAGGCAGAUGUAGGUUGUUGACUAACAAAGGAAGGCCAGGAAAAUCAGCCUUAGUGACAAGGCAUUAGCAGUGAUUUUUGUCCCUGUGUGCACUGGUCAACUCUUCUGUGCAGCAGACAGAAUAAAGAGUAAAACUGGCUUAGGCUCAUGUAGCCCAUGUCCUUUAUAAAGACACUGUUAAACUGUGUCAUCCUGUGCUUUUUUAAAGGAUAAAUUUAAUCAUGAUUCUAAGAAUAAAGAACUUCAGGAUCUCCUGAGACCCAGUUGCAAAAUUUACAAAUGUGAUCAUUGUGAACUCUGUUAUGCACAACUUCUAGGCUGUAGUUUUUGUUUGUUUUGUUUUUUAAUUAUGGAAGCGUAGGUUUACAAAACAAUCUCCAGGACACUUUUCUAUGUCAUAUUCUAAGUUUCCUGUAUGUGUGUGUGUGUGUGUGAUUUUCUGUUAUGACUGUGAAGAUACUCUGUGCCAUUUGCAUUUUAACAAUGGUUAAAUUUACUUUAAAACUGGGUCUUCAGACUUCCAAGCAGGACUGCCAUCAACAUGUUUAGGACCACUUGCCUUGUUUUCUCAGCCGAGGAUGGGAGGGGCUAGGUUUCUGAGCUGGCUGAAUUUGAUUGUGCAGCCAUUGGUCCUUCUGUUGAGUUCUACCCCAGAACCUUUGAGCCGUACUGAGAGGUAAUUUCUGUGUAAUCCCUAACCCCUGGCUUUCUGCUUAGUAAAAUAUUUCCCCCCAGGCUUAGCUGCAGGGUUAUUCAUAAUUCCCAUUCUUUCUGAUUCUUUCUCAGACACUGACACAAUACUACCUCUGCUGUGCUGCCCAGCCUCGCCACGCCAUUACUGGAAAAUCUUUCACCUUCUCGCUUCCAAAAGUUGGAAGAAAGGUGAUAUGGCCAGAUGGUAGUUGUAGACAUUUAGGCAGAGUGGACUUAUUCAGUGAUUUGUGGACUUAAGGUUUCAGCCUGAUUCUAGAGAUGUGGGAAUAAUAAGAGAACAGUCGUGAGCUGAGGGAGGCUUUCUCUCUGUAUCUUGGGAGGGAGCGGGGAGACUUAUCAGAUGGGACACCUGCCCCUGCCUGUUAGGAAUCGCCAUUGCUAUGCCUCAGGGAUUAGACCAUAUUUAGUGUGAGACCUGGUGUAAAGUGAGAUGCAUCUGGUCAUAUAGGGGCUGCAGAAUCUUUGCGCUUGCUUGAAAACUAGCCCACAUGGCUCCUUUUAGGGGAUAAACUUCUUCCUCUCUUGGGUGGCUGAGGCAUUAAACAGCAGGAAGUGUGUCCCUAAAUGGAAACACAUGUAUUGUUUUUGGCAGGUUUAAUUUCCUGUACCUCAUCAGAGUGUUUCACUGUAGGUAGCUCCUUGGUUGAUCCCUUGUCUCUUAACCUCUAUGCCAUCCACAUACGAGCAGGGAACUAGGUUUGCCCCCCCUCGGUUUUGCUGGUAGACAUUCUGUCAAGAGUUGGGGCUGGGCUGACAGAACAGCUCAGUGGGUAAAGGCUGCCAGCCCUGGAAACUUGAGCUCCAUCCCUGGGCCCCAUGUGGUGGAAAGAGCUGAAAACUGUCCUCUGGCCUCCACGUGGUGCACUCAAAAAGUAAGCAAAAUGGAAAAAUAGGGCGAUUGUUCUUUGCACAUUUCCUAGUGCACCUGGUUAGUGAUAUGGUCUCAUGUUCUCAUGUUUUUUUGGGUUUUUUUUUUGUUUUUUUUUUUG